AUGGAAAAUUGGAAGUACCGGGGCAACAAGAGCUCAGAGGAGAGCGACGAAGCGAAAAGCACGCUUAUCGAAUAUCCCUUUUCCGUUUCUAUACAAAGAAAGGGAGCGCACUACACCACUGGUGCGCUUUUGAAUAAAUGGUGGAUCAUUACUGUGGCGGCCGAAUUUUACAACGUGAGAGAUUCAUUGAAACUGUUCAGAGCGAGACUAGGCUCGGUGGACUGUAAAAGAGGUGGCACCGUAGUUCCAUUAAAACAAAUUGAAUUUCAUCCCUAUUAUAUCUAUGGCAAACCAAAUUUCGACGUCGCUUUGUUAAGAAUGGCAUAUUUUAUAGACUUUUCAGAUUUUAUACGACCAAUAGCACUUUCGGCUUUGAAGGGAAAAGUCGUCAAAGGGUCGGUUUUGCCUAAAACAGCGAACGAACGCAUCAAGUAUAAUAGCAUGCGGGUAUCUACACAACGGUUAAUACCUCAACACAAGUGUAUGAAGAUAAUAAAAGAUUUAAACGAAAUGUUGAAUGAGUCCACUUUGUGUUUAAAGCCUGUUAUUUCACAUCAUAGUGUUUGUAUGCCCGAUCCUGGGGCGCCAGUCGUAGCAGAAGAUGGCCUUUGGGGAAUUACAUCAAGCUGGAUCUCACCGAAAUGCCCACAACAGCCUGCUCCAACAGUCUUCACACGACUAUCCUCGGUAUCUGUGCGCUCCUGGUUAAACACAGUACUACAUAAUCUUGGUUAA